GAGAAAGAAAAUGUCCGGUGAUUGUUCAUCAUCAAAAAGAACUUCAUUUUCUUCAUUUCAACAGCCUUUAAAUAGUUGUGCUAAUACAUCUUCAGAUGUUGAACAAUUUAAAAUUAAUGAGACAAUUCGAAUUCGUGAAGGCUUGGCAGAUUUAAAUUCGAAGGAUCUCAGAAAUUAUUUUAAAGGAGUGAGGAAAUUGUGUGAUGAAUUGGAAGCUAAAAAGGAAGAUUUGGAGGUUUUAUUUAAAUUUAUUGGGAAUAAUUUUCGUCGUUAAAAUAGAGUCGUUAUGCUACGGAUGAUUUUUUUCCGAAUUUUUUUAUUUACUGAUUAAAUUCCCAACUGAUGUGAGAGAAAAUAUGACAAUCUUCUCUUUUUUGGUAAAAGUCCGCUAAAAUUAAGAAAAGUUUGAAAAUUUCAGUAAAGUCCGAAAUAAUUGAGAAAAGUCCAAAAAAUUAGUAAAGUCCGCAAAAAUGACCAUUGUUUCUUACAACAUUUUUUCAAAGAAAUUUUCCCAAUAAUUUUUUCCUUAAAAAACAAAUUUUUAGGUAGAUUCAAUUGUCCACCAACAAAAUUUAAAACAAAUGGAGGCUUCCUUAAAACAACUAAAAGACAAUUUAUCCUCAACUAGAGAAAAAAUAUUUAACGAAAAUUUGCUUUUGGUUAAUUUAUUUAAUAAAUGUAAUGAAAAAAUUAAAGAGGCAGCUCCGGAAUUAUUCGAAAAAAUUGAAAUUUUACGAGAAUUGCAGCAAAAACAAAGUUACCUUAAAUUUUUGAAAUAUUUUGUUA